AAGCUGAAGAUCGGCCCUGUCAUGGAUCGAAAUGAGUUUCACCAUCCGUUCACCCCCUAUGAUAUUCAGCUUCAGUUUAUGCAGGCCCUGUACACCUGCCUCGAAAAUGGCAAAGUCGCGGUCUUCGAGUCUCCCACUGGGUCAUCCUCGGAAACCCUCCGCCCUUCAAGUGCUGAUCGAUUUAGGCGCAAGGAAUUCCAAGAAACAUUGAAUCAGAUCGCGUAUGAUGAUGAUGAACCAGAAUGGAUGAUAGAGUACGCCAAGCGAGACUCUCGACGUGCAAUCACAGAAAAAAGGCAAGAAUUUGAAGCUCGGCUGGCAAAGGUCAAGCAAGAGGAAUACCGAAUGAUAAAUGAAGGCAGCCAGGAACGGCCCCGGAAAAAGCAGCGCAUGGAUGAGCCUGAAAGGCAGACAAAGUCGAACUCGGAAGAAACAGAAGAUCAAUAUGCCCUCGACGACUACGACAGUGAAAAUGACGAGAAGACCGCAAGUAGAGGAGAGACCGGCCUCUCGGCUAGUACUCUGGCCUUGCUGGAGCAAUUCAAGGGGAAAUUAUCAACUCAAAAGCAAGUCGAUGAUGAAGAAGAUGAUAGCAUCAAGAUCUUCUUUUGCUCCCGGACGCACUCUCAGCUGUCCCAGUUUGCAGGGGAGUUGCGCCGAGUGCAAUUCCCUUCGAGUAUACCCCCCGAUCCCGACUCGGAGGAUAAGGUGCGAGCAUUAGAAAACAGUACUGCAAUCAACGAACGAUGCCUGGACUUGCAGCAACCCGGAGUGGCCCAGGAUAAGAAGUGCUCUUUCCUCCCUUCGAAAGAUAACGAAGCUCUCAUUCUUCAGUUCCGGGACCACGCCCUAGCUACAGUGAAGGACAUCGAGGACAUCGGGAAAGUAGGUAAGCUAGUUGGAUUAUGUCCCUAUUAUGCAACCCGCUCUGUCAUCAAGCACAGUGAAAUUGUGACGCUUCCCUACCCGCUGUUGCUUCAGCGAUCUGCUCGUGAGGCUCUCAACUUAUCCGUCAAGAACCAUGUGGUCAUCAUCGAUGAAGCACACAAUCUCAUGGAUGCGAUUGCGGGAAUCCACUCUGUGACUGUUACCUUGGCUCAAUUACAACUUGCUAUUUCACAAUUGACCGAUUAUGCAAGAAAGUUCAAGGCCCGGUUGAAAGGGAAAAACCGAAGCUACGUGGCCCAAGUCAUCCGACUAGUAAGCUCCAUAUCCGAUCAUCUGCGGGUAAUCUCUCUACGAAACGUGCCCCUAGAAGGCCCUGUUCAGUUUCCGGACCUGAUGGCGGGCAAGGGAGUGGAUCAAAUCAACCCCUACAAACUCUCCCGCUACUUACAGGAAAGUAAAUUGGCAAGAAAAGUAGACGGCUAUGUUGAGUCGUCCGAACAGGUUCAAUCCAAUCAACCUCGAAGGCGAACGACAGUGCCUGUUCUAUUUCAUAUCCAAAGCUUCCUGCUUCCUUUGAUGAACCCUUCGGAGGAAGGCAGGCUCUUCUACCAAAAAAGCCCCGAAAACGUGUCAUUGAAGUACAUUCUUCUCGACCCCACCAAUCAUUUCCGGGAGAUUGUUGAAGAUGCCCGUGCUGUGAUUCUAGCAGGCGGCACUAUGUCUCCUAUGUCAGAUUAUGCUCAUCACCUCUUCUCAUACGUACCCUCUGAACGCCUUGAAACCUUUAGUUAUGGACACGUCAUUCCCGAACAGAAUCUGGUUGCGCAGUCCUUAACUCGAGGGCUCAUGGGCUCAGAGUUUGAUUUUACUUAUGAGUCAAGAGGGUCUGAGAAGAUGAUCGCGGAUUUGGGCCGAACGAUUGCAACUCUAUGUCAAAUCAUUCCUGAUGGUGUCGUCGCUUUUUUCCCGAGUUAUGACUACUUAAGCCAGGUACUAGACGUAUGGCAAAAGCCCAUUGCGAAUGGAAACGGACAAACUACGCUUGAUUUGAUCGGGCGGAAGAAGACAAUUCUCUAUGAAUCUCGCGACGCAGCCACCACAACAGAAUCUCUAUUGCAGGAAUACAGGCAGGCUGUUGAAUCAGGGUCGGGAGCCUUGCUCCUCUCUGUGGUCGGUGGAAACCUUGCUAUCUGGGAAGCCAAGAUCAAGUACAUCGAAGAAAAGACUUACAAGCAAUGCACCGGCUCAGAGUCUGAAAGGAAAAGCAAGGCGACUGCUGCGGGUAGGGACUUCUACGAAAACUCCUGCAUGCGUGCUGUCAACCAAUGUAUUGGACGAGCAAUUCGUCACGUAAAUGAUUACGCAGCUAUUGUCAUGAUUGACCGCAGCCGAUUUCAACAUCAACUUCGGGAAAUUCAACUGACCCUUCAACCGCCAAACCUCAGAACCGGUCUUGUCGACACCCCAUCCACGACAAUGCCUACUCGUCUCAGCAAGACCCGCAAGUCCCGCGGCCACGUCUCCGCGGGUUACGGUCGUAUCGGCAAGCACCGCAAGUCCCCCGGUGGUCGUGGUAUGGCCGGUGGUCAGCACCACCACCGAACCAACUUGGACAAGUACCAUCCUGGUUACUUCGGUAAGGUUGGUAUGCGCUACUUCCACAAGACCAAGCAGCAGUUCUGGAAGCCCACUAUCAACCUCGACAAGCUCUGGUCUCUUGUUCCCGCCGAGAAGCGUGAUGCCUAUCUGAGCGGCCAAAAGAACGACUCCGCCCCCGUCAUCGAUCUUCUCCCGCUCGGCUACUCCAAGGUCCUCGGCAAGGGCCGCCUCCCCCAGAUCCCCGUUGUCGUCCGUGCCCGUUACUUCAGCCGCGACGCUGAGCAGAAGAUCAAGGAGGCCGGUGGUGUUGUUGAGCUGGUCGCAUAA